AUGGUCACUACUGUCACUAUGUUUGACAUCGUUUAUAUCGGCAAUAUUUGUGGUCACACUAUCGGUCAUACGUUUCAAAUCAAACAAUACAGAGAAAUGGCAAUGCUAUUUGUAAUAGCGGUUGGCUUAGUUAGCAUAUUAGUACAAUUUGUUGGCCUAUACGCCGGAUAUAUGGAGCGGUAUUGGUUGGCCACUAUAUACGGCACAGUGAUGGCUGUCCUAACGUUUGUGGCGUUUAUAUCAAGUAUUAAAUCGCAGUAUUGGGCCGUUUGGUACUUGAGUUCAGUUUUCUUUUUGUGCUCCAGUUUUGCCAUAACUUUUGAUUUUAUAUCGGAUUGGUUUACAAGUAUUCUCAAUAAAAUCAGUAGAGGUUUAGGUUUUUUAAGACCAAAAUCAAGAAUAAUUGGCGGAGAAGUGGCAAACAUUGAGGACUUUCCAUAUCAAGUAUCCGUCAGAGAUAUACAAACUAAUGAUCACUAUUGUGGCGGUACUAUAGUUAGUAAGCGUCUAAUAGUAACAGCCGCUCAUUGUAUGGAUGGAAUCAAGAGUAAGAUUAAAGACGGUAAGGUUGUGGUCACUGUCGGUACCAAUGAAAUAUCGGGUGGAGUCAACUAUAAUGUGGACAAAGCUCACGGCAUUAUUAUACAUAACAAUUAUAACUCCAGCUCAAUGGUCAACGAUAUAGCAAUACUAAUCGUGGACACCGACAUCCAGUUUAAUACUAUGGUGCGCGCCAUUGAUCUGGAAGAUAGAGCAAUACCGACGGGCACACAAUGUCUGGCCAGUGGUUGGGGUUAUGACAAGUAUCCGCCCGAAGGCUUUCCCAAAUUGCUACAAAAAUUAAGUCUAAAAGUAAUGGAUCACAAAGAGUGUAAAGAGUAUUACGAGUUGUAUGGAAAUACCAACUGGUCAAUUACCGAAAAUCAACUUUGCACCAGUAAACCUAAAGGGACAGGUGUUUGUGGGGGUGAUUCGGGCGGACCAUUAGUUACCAAUAAUAGACAAAUAGGUGUAGUUUCGUGGGGUAUGGAAAACUGUGAUUCAGAAGCGCCGGCAGUUUUUACAAAAAUAUCCGCUUAUCGGCAAUGGAUUAUUCAACACAUGAGUUAUAAAGUGUAUUCACAUUACAAACCAAUGAAUUUCUAUGAACCAUAUUUUAUCAAAUAA